AUAUUCUUUUGUACAAUUUAUUUUUUCUUCUUUUGUAGCUAUGGGAAGUUUGGGAACUCAAUCACCAAAUGCUUUCAAUACUAGUCCUCAUCAACAACCUAUUGAAGAAAAAUCAGAGAGGGAGAAGAAAAUUGAAGAGUGGCUACCAAUUAAUGCUGAUAGGAGUGCAAAAUGGUGGUACUCUACUUUCCAUAAUGUCACUGCAAUGGUUGGAGCUGGUGUUCUUGGUCUCCCCUAUUCUUUAGCAGAUCUUGGAUGGGGUCCAGGUGUAACCAUACUUAUCCUUUCAUGGAUCAUAACAUUAUAUACACUUUGGCAAAUGGUUGAGAUGCAUGAAAUGGUUCCAGGAAAACGUUUUGAUAGGUAUCAUGAAUUGGGACAACAUGCAUUUGGUAAAAAACUAGGUCUUUAUAUUGUGGUGCCUCAACAACUUGUGGUAGAAAUUGGUGUCAACAUUGUCUAUAUGGUAACGGGGGGUGCUUCAUUGCAAAAGUUCCAUAAUACAGUGUGUCCAAGUUGCAAACAUGUCAAAUUGAGCUUUUUCAUUAUGAUAUUUGCUUCAUCUCAAUUUGUAUUGUCUCAUCUACCAAACUUCAACUCCAUUUCUGGUGUAUCUUUGGUUGCUGCAGUCAUGUCAUUUUGUUACUCUACAAUUGGUUGGACAGCUAGUGUACAUAAGGGGGUUCAAAAUGGUGUACAAUAUAGUAACAAGGCACACACUACAACAGGGACACUCUUUAAUUUCUUUAAUGCACUUGGUUCUGUUGCUUUUGCAUAUGCUGGACACAAUGUGGUACUUGAAAUCCAAGCAACAAUUCCAUCUACACCUCAAAAACCAUCCAAGAUUCCUAUGUGGAGAGGUGUUGUUGUUGCAUACAUUGUUGUUGCUUUGUGCUAUUUUCCUGUUGCUAUUAUUGGUUACUUAGUGUUUGGCAAUGAGGUUAAGGAUAACAUUCUCAUCUCUUUGGAGAAACCAGCUUGGCUUAUUGCAAUGGCUAAUUUCUUUGUUGUUCUUCAUGUGAUUGGAAGCUAUCAGAUUUAUGCAAUGCCAGUGUUUGACAUGAUUGAAGGUGUAUUGGUGAAGAAUUUGAAUUUCAAUCCAAGUAAAAUUCUUCGUUUUGUUGUGCGUAAUGUUUAUGUUGCAUUUACAAUGUUCAUUGCUAUUUCCUUCCCAUUUUUCGGUGGUCUAUUAGGAUUUUUUGGAGGAUUUGCUUUUGCUCCAACAACAUACUUUCUUCCAUGUAUCAUGUGGCUUGCAAUCUACAAACCAAAGAGAUUUGGUUUGUCUUGGUGCACUAAUUGGAUAUGUAUUGUGCUCGGGUUAUGUAUAAUGAUUUUAUCACCUAUUGGAGCAUUGAGAAACAUUAUACUAGAAGCCAAGACCUACAAGUUUUACUCUUAAGCUAAUUGUCUAUUUGAAUUGAAUCAUAGUAUGUUUGGAUUCAAAUGAGAUUAGUCCAUUCAUGGUGAAAAAUCAAGAAUUUGAAAUAAUUACAUGCGAACUUUUUAUAAAAUUAUAGUACCACCCUAAUUUUUGUAAAAAAAAAUCCAAACAUACACUCAAUUCUUGAAAGGUAUCAUAAAGAUAAGAAAAUUAUUACUUUGCCAUUGUAACAAUGUAUCACUUUUCUC